AUGGCUUCUUUUCCAACUGCUGAACUCUGCGACACAAACCCAUCCCUUCUGUCAAAGGGGGAGCUGCGAGUUGUUCCGCCAAUCUUCCAAAUAUAUGGGCAACGGCGAGCAUUCUUUGGCCCCAUUGUCGCUCUCAAGGUGUUCGAGGACAAUGUCUUGGUCAGGGAAGUUCUUGAGAACCCUGGGGAUGGCAGGGUUUUAGUUGUAGAUGGUGGAGGGAGUAGGAGAUGUUCCUUAGUUGGAGGGAACCUGGGAUUGUUGGCCCCCAACAUGGGCUGGGCUGGUGUCCUUGUGAACGGUUGCAUCAGAGAUGUUGAUGAAAUCAAUGGCUGUGACAUUGGAGUUGGAGCCUUGGGUUCCAACCCCCUGAAAUCUAAUAAGAAAGGGCUUGGUGAGAAGCACGAGUCCGCGAACAUUGGGGGUAUGAUGAUCCAAGAAGGAGAAUGGCUAUAUGCUGAUAGUGAUGGCAUCCUCAUUUCUAAGAUGGAGUUAUCUGUGUGACUACUACUGUGGUUCAAGCAAAUCAAAUUUACCCUUAAUAAGAACCAAUUGUUCACAUGCUCUUAUGCACAAAGAACAUAGUGUACUGUGUUUAUUGGAGGCAUCUCAUAAGGGCAUUAUUAU